AAGUCUUCAUCCAUUGGCAGAAGAUGGCAGCAGAAGGGGACAGAAAAAUCUCUCUGGGAAAGCGUUGUGGAGUUUUGGUACCACAGUCUUCCCCCAGGUGGCAGCAGUUAGGAUUGUGUAUGUGGUUGCUGCCAUGACCAGAAGGCUUUUGAAACUGGUUUCGUUGGCCUCGGUGGCUGCCGCCUCCACUGGUUUCUACCUGUAUAGCAACAAUCCCCUGGAUCCCAAUGACUUUGGAGUUGUUCGAGUUGGCAGAGCAGUUGCCACAACUGCAGUUAUCACUUAUGAUUACUUCUUUUCCCUGAGGAGCAUUCCCUAUGGGACGGAAGAAUAUGACAAUGUUAAAUCACAGGUUCACCUGCGUUCUGCAGCACGUCUGCGAGAUCUGUGCUGUGCCAACCGAGGAACUUACAUUAAAGUGGGACAGCACUUGGGAGCUCUGGACUAUCUCUUGCCGCCGGAAUAUACCCACACACUUAAAGUGUUACACAGUCAAGCUCCCCAGAGCAGUAUGCAGGAGAUUGAGCAAGUGAUACGGGAAGACCUAGGCAAAGAGAUUAAAGAGUUGUUUGUAAGUUUUGAAGACACACCACUGGGGGCAGCGUCUCUGGCACAGGUCCACAAGGCUGUGCUACAGGACGGGAGGACGGUUGCAGUGAAAGUCCAGCAUCCUAAAGUUCAGGCGCAGAGUAAGAAGGACAUUCUACUAAUGGAGGUUCUCCUCCUGGCUGUGAAGCAGAUCUUCCCGGAUUUUGAGUUCAUGUGGUUAGUAGAAGAAGCAAAGAAGAACUUGCCUCUGGAGCUGGACUUCCUUAAUGAAGGGAAGAAUGCUGAGAAGGUGGCUCAGAUGCUGAAAUGCUUUGCUUUUCUGAAGGUCCCGCAGAUUUAUUGGGAACUCUCAACAAGGCGUGUCCUGUUCAUGGAGUUCAUGGAAGGUGGACAGGUGAAUGACAAAUCCUACAUGGAGAGGAAUUGCAUCAGUGUCAAUGAGCUCUCUCGCAACCUGGGGAAGCUGUACAGUGAAAUGAUCUUUGUGAAUGGCUUUGUUCACUGCGAUCCUCAUCCUGGCAAUGUGCUGGUGAGGAAGUGCCCAACCACACACAAGACCCACAUUAUACUUCUGGACCAUGGGCUGUAUCAGACCCUGACAGAUAGCUUCCGCUUGGACUACUGCCGACUCUGGCAGGCCUUGAUCAAAGCUGAUAUGAAGCAGGUGCAAAAAUAUAGCCGGAAAUUGGGAGCUGGCGACCUGUAUCCCCUAUUUGCUUGCAUGCUCACUGCCAGGUCCUGGGAAUCGGUCAACAGGGGCAUCGACCAAUUGCCAGUUACAGCUAAAGAGAAUGUGGAAAUCCGGACCAACGCUGCUAAUUACCUACCUCAAAUCAACGUACUUCUUAACAACAUCCCUCGCCAGAUGUUGCUGCUACUGAAGACCAACGAUUUACUGAGGGGGGUCGAGUCAGCUCUUCAAACACGAGCCAGUGCCAGCUCCUUCCUCAACAUGUCCCGCUGCUGCAUCCGAGCAGUUGCCACGUAUCAGAGGAGCAAGACUGAUUCGCUCUACAGGAAGGCACAAAUAUCCCUCUCUGAAGCGCUGGGCCUGUGGCAAAUCAACCUGUAUGAACUCUUCCUGCGACUGAAAGGCUCCCAGCUGGGGAACUGGGUCAUUGCUUUCCUGAGUUGGAUGCACCAUUGCCCGUAGUAACACAAUCUGGUGGGAGAACUGGUCGCCUUUCCCAACUGUAGCCAUCCGUCCAUAUUUAUUCUACUGGAGUUUUCUUGCACAACAUGGUGCUUCCUCUGGCUGCCUUUCUUGGGGCCGUGGUGUUUCUGGCAUGGAAAACGGGAGAAGCAGUGCAAGGCAGCAGCUAGAGCUUGGAGGGAGCCAGAAAUCCUGUCGUAGUUCAUGGGAAAAAAUGGCUUGGGUAAGGGAGCUUGAAGCCCUUCACGUUUUAGGGGUCUCUCGGUGAAGUCUUUCGUAAAAAAAAAUUAUAUUUUCUGUAACUCCAUGCAUAAAAAGUAUUUCAUGCCACACAAUUCCAUAAUGCAGCUCGGAAAUUGUGUCAGAAUGAAUUCCCUAACUGCAGAAUUUCAAUAUGAAUCCCUGCUUCCACUGGAAAUGUGCAUAACAAAGUGGCAGCCAAGUGAACAAGAGAUAAGGCAAUCCCUCGUCCCCUGAAUGAUACUCCCAGUGACUGUGAAAUAAAAGAUUUGGGUGCGAAGAUGUCUGUCCUGCCUCUGCCUCUGCUUAACUGUGAGACUUUGGAUAAGUCCAUCUACAUCUUCUUGGCCUUCAUUGCUUCACCACAGACUGCAGGCAGCACUUCCAGCCCAUCUUUGAAACGGCCAGAGAGAAGGCACUGUUGAAUGGCAGUGUACUAUUGUCUCCGAGUUCAUUCAUACGAUAGUUCUGGUCAUGUAUAUGUGUUGCAAAGGUUAAUAAAGAAAGGUACCCUCCCAUGGGAGGAUGAAGGUA